AUGCUCAGUUUGGUGUGUAUUGCUAGAGAGUUUUUUUUAUCUUGGGAGAGUGCAUGUGAUCAGCACAGGGCCAAUCAGCACUGUCCAGACAGAAAGGUCAGGGGUUCUGCAUCCUUCUAGAGGAGAAUAAAAACUACAGGCUUUAACCAGUGCUCGGCUGGACACUGAUAGAAGUCACAAGACUGCUCUAACUGCUGAUGAGAAAAGGUAUUUAGAAACUUAUAUUUACUAAAAUAAUUGCACAUCCAUGUUGUGUGUACUGUGGGAGGCCAGAUAGUGUGAAUGCAGGGCCUGGG